AUGUAUUGGGUGGAAAACGGUCAACUAGCGUGUUCUCACUGUGAGAACGAACAUAUAUUAAUUAAUUUAACAACAACCUCGAACAGUAAUCAAAAUCCAACAGCAUUUAAUCGUUCAUUAUCCUCGAAGUACACAUCACUUGCAGUGAGAGAACGUGAGAAGAACGAUGAAAUUGACGCUGAGACAAGAUACAAACAGAUUGUGCAACAAUGUCGACAGGGCAAAUUUCAUUUUGUUGACGAUUCAUUCGCACCCAUACCAUGUUCAAUUGGCAGUGAACGUUUGAAUCAACGAGUUUCACAGUGGUUGAGAAUACGUCAGAUUCGGGCGAUUUCAAAUGAAGACUCACGUUUACAGUGGUCUGUUAUGAACGAUCCUAAACCGUCUGACAUUCACCAGGGACAGAUAGAAUUAACCGGAGGUUCCACAGCUGAAGGAUUGCAGUUGUUAACUGGUGCGCCAUGCAAUGAAAUUCAUUUAAAUCGAACUGAUGACAAACACGCUGGCGAUAAUGAUCACACGGACGUUGAUUUAAUUUGGGUGAAACUGUUUAGUUCCUGCGAAGCUGGUCUCAUUCAUCAUCAAUCAACAUAUAUGAGACAUACACACACACAGUUAUUUCUUCUGUGCGAUAUUAAUCAGCAGACGGGAGAAAUUGGAGGACAGAUUGCCGUCAUUCGAAGUCGACAUGGAGAAUUCGUCUGUUGGGAUGAUUCGUUGAGACAGGGAUUUUAUCUGUUGAUACCGUUUUCAACAAGUUUCUGGCAAGUUGAUAAUGAUCAGAAUAAACAGUCGCAAUCACUGAACUAUACACUGGUUAUUCAUUCAUCAAAUCAACUUGAGUUAACCGUUGUUGAAGAACCUGUGACUGUCCUGUCACAUGCACUGAUACAAGUUAUGUUGAAGAAUUCAAAUUGUGCUGCACGGGUGAGCGUGAAUGACGAAGCUUUUUAA